CAGGAAAUAACCAGUCAUUAUCUAAAUUCUAAAGCCUCCCUCACCUCCUUCCUCUCACAUUAACCCAACCUUUCAGAUCAGAUCAGAUCAGAUCAGACCAGACACCUCAUCUCAUUUCCUCCAAUUUACAGCAAGACAAGGCGGCCGUGAGCACAACCUUCGCCAUCCCUCUCCUUUUCCGAUCUCUGAAAUAUACACAAUACAGCCACAACUUAAAAGAUAUAACAAGGUACUUCCAAGAUCUCAUUUUGAAUCUUUUUUUUUUUUCGUAAUUUGAUCGAAUAUGAGCAACUUCAAUUUCGAUUUCGGAAUCGGAUCAAACCGACCCAAAUCUUUAAACGAUCAAAGGAACCCAAACCCAUCUCCUUAUUCAUCUUCUACACAACAAUCUAAGCCUACGUGGCAACCCAAUAAGCCAUCAUGGACGCACCAACCGGCACCAGCCCAGUCAAUGGUCCGACCCGGUGGUUUGAAUGGACCCGCUUCUAUGGUGGGUGAUAUAACUGGGAAGAGUUGGAAUUCGGGUAUCGGUUCGGGUUCUGGUAUUGGGAUUGUUGAAAAGAACCCUAAUUUGUUUUGUGAUCUUGUUACUUCUGCUAUUGGAAAUACCAAGGGUAGCAGUAAUAGUAAUGUUCCUUUGAAAAAUGUUAAUAAAAGCGCAUAUUCGAUGGGGAAUUUGGCUGAUUCUUUGCCGAAAACGAGUGGAUCCACCGCCAAGAGUGGUGGAGGUUGGGUUGGUAAUGAUAAUUUGGGUGGUUAUUCCAGUGGAUAUAAUAGAAAUAGUGGUAAUGCUAAUGUUAGUGUUGGUGUUAAUAAAAGUUCGAAUCUUGGGGGGGCGUCGAUGAAGAGUAUGAGUGGUGGUGGAAUGAGUGGAAGUAAGGACCCUUUUAGUUCUUUGGUUGAUUUUGGAAUGAAUCAGAAACAAGGUAAUAUUAAUUCGGCUAGUAAAGAUAAUAAGCCGUCUGGCAAUGCUACUGGUGAUGCAUUUGGUGCGUUUCAAAAUGCUUCAAGUGCAAAAUCGGUUCCAUCAGUUGGUGUUGGUGCUAGCAAUAAUGGUUUCAUGGGAUCAAAUACGAGUUCCAAGUCCAAUAUUGAUGACUUUGGAAUGUUCAACAAUAGCUUUCCUACUCAGAAGCAGCAGGCUCCGGUUCAACCUUCAGUUGGUGAUCCGCUUGACAUGUUCUUCACACCUUCCUCGGGAAAUGCUACAACAGUAUCUGGAGGAUCGGGAGGGCAGCCAUUGUCGGAAGUUGAUGAUUGGGGAUUGGAUUCUGGGCUUGGAGGGGGAGGCGUGAAUGAUUCUCAUGGUGUCACCACUGAGCUUGAAGGGCUUCCAGCUCCUCCUGCUGGGGUAACAGCUUCUGCAGCAAAGAACAAGGGCAUUGAAAAUCAAAAACAGGGGCAAUAUGCAGAUGCCAUCAAGUGGCUGUCUUGGGCUGUGGUACUUCUUGAGAAAACAGGUGAUAAGGCUUCCACCAUGGAGGUUUUAUCAACCAGAGCUUCAUGUUAUAAAGAAGUUGGAGAGUAUAAGAAGGCAGUGGCUGAUUGUUCAAAGGUGCUUGAACAUGAUGAUGCGAAUGUAUCUGUUCUUGUACAGCGUGCACUCCUGUAUGAGAGUAUGGAAAAGUACAGGCUCGGAGCAGAAGAUCUGCGGGUUGUUCUGAAGAUUGAUCCUGCCAACAGGGUUGCAAGGAGUACUGUUCACCGUUUGACCAAAAUGGCAGACUAGAGAGGUUCUGAAAAUUUCACUUUGUAUUUUGCCUUCUUCAUAUAGGUUACCUUUCCCCAUUGCUAAAUUUGUGGGGAAUGAUGGCAUUUUGCUUGAAUACAUAUUUCAGUUGAUAAUUGUGGCUUGUGUUUAUGAUGUUGAAUUCUUUUUUUUCUUUUUUCUUCUUUAUUGUGACUGGGAUAUCCUUACUUGAUACUUCAAAAAGGUUUUUGUAUUUUGCAACUUUUUGGGAAAGACAUGUAGCGCCUCAUUUUUA